AACAAGAUAAAAACUGAUAUUCUUAUCCACGCCAUUCCAAGAGCUCUGGUCCUGGAAACAUAGAAGAAGAAGAAGAAGAAGAAGAAGAAGAAGAGGAAUGGAGGGAGGCUCAAUUUUAAGCUGUUCACAUUGUUCUUCUUCUUCAAAUCAUUAUUCUUCAAGAACCCAUUUCAACUUUACUCUCCGACGUUCACAUCCUUCAUCUUCUCUUAGGAAAUGCGAAACAGUGAGUUUGAGCUUCACAUCCAAUUUGCGGGCCAACAGGAAGAGCCAAAUGUUGAUGGCAGUCUCAUCUCCUUCCGCUCGAACCGCCCUUCGCACUUCUGCAUUCAUGAUUGAGAAAGAAGCUGGGAAUUUCACCAAGGGGAAAGAAAUGAUGCCAAAAAUUGAUAAGAGUGGGAGAUUUUGCAGCCCCAGAGCCGCGCGGGAGCUCGCUCUGUUGACAAUAUACGCAGCAUGCUUGGAAGGUUCUGACCCAAUUCGAUUUUUUGAGAAACGAAUGAAUGCAAGAAGAGAGCCUGGUUAUGAAUUUGACAAGACUUCAUUGAUGGAAUAUAAUCACAUGAGCUUUGGAGGACCUCCUGUCACAACCGAGACUAUUGAAGAAGCAGAUGAGCUUCUGCGUAGUGAUGAAAAAGAGUCUGCAGUUGAAGCAGAAGUCCUUUCAGCUCCUCCAAAGUUGGUGUAUAGCAGAUUACUUUUGCGUUUCACGAGGAAACUCCUAUUAGCAGUUGUGGAUAAGUGGGACAGCCAUGUGCUUACCAUAGACAAGGUUGCCCCACCUAAAUGGAAGAAUAAGCCAGCUGGCAGAAUUUUAGAAUUUUGCAUCCUCCAUUUGGCAAUGUCUGAGAUUGUUGUUCUUGGAACACGGCACCAGAUUGUCAUUAAUGAGGCAAUUGAUCUUGCUAAACGGUUCUGUGACGGGGCAGCACCGCGCAUAAUCAAUGGGUGUCUUAGGACUUUUGUGAAGGAUUUUUCAGGAAGCAGUGUGGCUCAGGCUUCAGAUGCUAAUCAGAAGGUAGAAGUAUAAAGUGAAAAAAAAAAAAUUAUAUAUAUAUAUAUAUUAGGCUUUUGUCUGCUCUGAUUAUCACAUUCCCAAAGAAAAAAAAAAGACCUCAGUUUGAGUUUAUCUGACUGAUUUUGGAAGAAGAUUAUGAGUUACCUUCAUCUAUCUUUUGUCCAAUGAAGGAAUGACAGAAUGUCAUUUGAUGGUUUGCAUUUGUGUUCAAAAGUCCAAACUAGAUGCAGCUCCGAACUUCUGGUGAGAAUUAGUAAUGAACAAUGGAGCAGACUGUUGUAUGUGUUUUUUUUUUAUCAUAAGACUGUUGUAUAUGUUGUCAUAUGGUUCUUAGUAUGAUGUUUCACCAUUGAAACUGAAAUGUGGACAAAUAUAAACAUUUUUGUUAUUUUAUUGUUCCCUUCUAGCAA